GUGGAGAGGCAUAGACUAGAUAUGGUAUGGAUAUGUUUAUUUUUGUACAUCUAACACCACAUUGUGAUUUGGUUGUGAUAUGGUUGUCAUAGCAAUGCAUAAAGUGUAGCACUGGCUGCUGUCAUAUUACAUACUGCUGCAUGGCUUUACAUCACAGUGCAUUGCAUACAUCUGCUUGUCUGUCUAUAAGUAUGAUCUGUCCCCAAGAUUUUUAAUUGAAUUGUGUAAGCCUUAUUGAAGGCCACUGUCCGAAAAUUUGUGUUACUGAUGUUAAAAUGAAAGUUGGAUAACUGUACAAAUCAGGUACAAUUGUGACCCAUAUUCUCCCAUCUUUCCUGAUGCAAAACUGCCAUUGAAUACGGUGUGAAUUUUCAGUUAGGUUGAUGAGAGAAUAUGAAAUAGAUUCGUGUUUUAUAGGUAAAUUUUAGAAGUGAUAUUAGAAAUAUCCCUUUGGGGAUACGAAAAAGAAUUGAUUAGACGUUACAACUUUGAUUUUUGAAGUUUGAAAUAAAAUGAGAUGAUCAAACUCUAAGCUACUGGUAGUGCUUAUCUUAUUUUCAUACUGUGCCUUUUAGAUGCCCUUAUGGCCAAUGGUGCAGCUUUUAUGGCUUUAAGUAGUGCAUGAAGUGGCAGACAUCAGUAAAUAGGAGUAUCCCGUUUCAUUGGUAUUGGUGUAUGAACCACAUCUAAGCAAAGAGCAGAGAAAAGGAACAACGGAGGAAAACGAUUCGGGUCACCUGUCAAAAGAACCCAGUUGUACCUCUGUUAAGGAACCAAAAUGAGAGGAGGCUGAGAUGAUCCUUGCCGACAUGGUAACUCGCCUCAGCGAAGAGUUGAGGAAAGGAAAAACAGAGAAAAACACUUAUGACUUGUCCAAACUACCAACUUGUGGUUCCGUUAAGACACCGAAAAGAGAGGAGGCUGAGAUGAUCCUCACUGAUAUGCAUACUCGCCUCAGCGAAGCGUUGAGAAAAAAGAAAACAGAGGAAAACACUUGUGACUGGGCCAAACUACCAACUUUUAGUUCCGUUAAGACAACGAAACGAGAACACUCUAAGGACCUGACUCUUUGCGGUAAGAACCUUAAUGAAAUAGAAACUCAUCUCAGCAAAGAGCAGAGAAAAAGAAAAAGGGAGGAAAACACUUCUGGUAACUCGUCAGAACCAAGUUUUACUUGUGUUAAGAAAGCAAAACGAGAUGACUGUAAGGACCUGUGCAGUAUGAUCCUUACCGAAAUAGAAAAUCAUGAGGAUGCAUGGCCUUUUCGUCUUCCUGUAAACUUGAACUUUGUUCCUGGUUAUACCAAAGUUAUUAAGAAGCCUAUGGAUUUUUCCACAAUUAGAGAGAAAUUAAUUAGUGGACAGUAUCCAAACCUGGAAGCCUUUGCUGUCGAUGUCAGGCUUGUUUUUGACAACUGUGAAGCAUUUAAUCAAGACGAUUCUGAUACAGGCAGAGCAGGCCACAGUAUGAGGAGGUAUUUUGAGAAAAAGUGGACAGAUACUCUCAAAGUGAGCCAAAGCUACAAUAAUCUCUUUUUUCCUUUUCAAUAAGGGCGAAUAAGACCAGCAAUGUCAACUAAAUUUUACAUAAAUGUGCAAGGCACACACAUAAUGACUUUUUAUCUUAGUAAAAGUAUCACACACAAAAACAGUAUCAGAAGAAUGAUACCAUUUUUAAAGGCUUCACUCCUACAACAACCAAGGCCCUUGGUUAUUGGUUUGUGUGAUUUAUCAGCUAAUUUAGGUAGAACAGGGAAGCACACCCAAAGAAUUUUCAAAGGUAAGGGUGUUACAGAGUAACAGCAAUUAAAAUAUAUCAAAUCGCACUGAAUAUUCAACACCAGAGCUUUAAUGUGGGAGAUGGUUCUCCUUUCCCUCUCAAUAAAUAUCUACUUUUCCUUUUU